UUUUUUUAAAAGAAAUUUUUAAAUAUUCAUUUUUAAGAUUUAAUAAUUUUUUUAUUUUUUCAAAGUGGAUGAAAAUUUUUUGUUAGUUGCAUAAAAGCUUCACAAAGAUACCAAUAAUAAAUAAUAUGAUAAUGAUUAUCAAAGCUAAUUUAUGGAUAUUCAUAGUUACCGCCAUCGUUUAUCCCAAUAGUUGCUUUACUCCAAACUCUACAGAAAUCGAGGAAAUAUUAGAUGUUCAUAACAGGCAUAGAGCCAACGUCCAACCGCCUUCAAAUGCAAUGUUUAAAUUGAGGUGGAAUCAGGAAGCAGCAGUAAAGGCAGAAAUUAUGGCCAACAAAUGCAUUUUUCAACACGAUACAGCCAACGACAGAAUUAUCACAAAUUAUCCACAAGGGGGAGGGCAAAAUCUAUUCUGGAGUAACGCGCCUAACCCUUUCAAUUGGACUUACGUGAUUAAAGCUUGGCAUGAUGAAGUUUCAUUGUUUAAAUUUGGACAAGAUAGUGACAAUUUUUUAAGUGUAGGCCAUUAUACUCAACUGGUAUGGGGAACAACUAAGGAGAUCGGAUGUGCUAGGAGCAGCACUUGCCGAGGUCAAAGAAUUUAUACAUGCAACUACUAUCCACCAGGUAACUAUCUACCUUAUUACGUUCCAUAUCGAAAAGCCGUAAAUCAAACCUGUGAUGGGUGUUUAAUAAAUGCAACAUGUGCCCAGUCUGGACCCUUCAAAAAUAAAUUACUCGAAUCAUGCGAUUUGUUCUGUGUGGAUAAAUAUUCAAAUUGUCAGGAUUUAGCUGCAAGAAACUAUUGCUCAUAUUUUAUGAAAAAUGAAUGCGCUCUCUCCUGUAGGAAUGAGUGUAAAUUAUAGAUGAAAUAUAACAUAUGAAUUAUGUUAAUUUCGUGAUUUAUAAAUUUUUAUUCAAAAAAUUGUUAAUAGAAUGUAAAAAUAAAUUAUAUAUCGAGUAUAUUUUGAAUGUCAGGCUUAAAUAAUUUACAUAUAUUUACUAGAUAAAUAAAAAAAACCCUG